AUGGAUUUUCAUAGACCAUUAUCGUAUAAUAGACAGAGUUUUCAUAGUCUUCCAACUGUUCCUCAAAAGACAAUGGAUCCAAAAUUUAUUGUAGUUUUAUUUUGUGUUGAAUUUGGUGCUUUAGUUUUUAAUAGUAUUCAUGUUAAAGCUCCUGAAAUGCAUAUUUAUAAAUCAUAUAAUAGAAAACCUAUGAUAUAUAAUUUUUCAUCGCAAACCUAUUCUUGUUUUUCAUCAAUAAAUUAUUGUAUUUAUGAACAUAAACAAUUACGUUUCCUCAAAAUUGUACAUGUUAUAUUUAUUUCAAUAAUUGUUAGUUGUUAUUUUGGUUUAAUUACAAUUAUAUUUCGUAAAUGGGAAAAUUCGAAAGUACGGCAUGAUCUUGGUAUAACGUGGUAUGGUGCAAUACAAUUAUUAGAUUUAUUAACACUUGCAUUACAUACACUUUUAAUGGUUAUUCUUUAUGAACGUGAUUACAGUAAUAUAAAACAAUGUCAUAUAGAAAGUCAUUUAGUACGAACAGAAAAUCUUUUUACUUAUGUUGUUCUUAGUAUGCUUGAAAUAGCUUAUAUUGGUUUUGAUAUAUUAAAUCGACAAGCAUCAAUACAUGCGUUACAUCAAGAUUUUGAAUAUCGAGCAAGACAAGCUGAACAAACAGCAUCAUCAGAUGAAUCUAACUUUCGAUUAAAAUCACAUAUGUUAUCAACUGAAAGUUUUGAAACUGUGAAUCAAGAAUUUUUACCAGUAACAGAUCAAUUGUAA